CUUUGGGGGGUCAAAAUUUGCACCGAUUCCGGCUUCCAUGGUUUGGUUCGCAUCGGGUCAAACCGGGCAACAGUUUUGAGGGGAGUUUCCAUCAGGCUGUUGCUCCUGUUUUAUUUCUAGGUCAAUGUUUCACACUCAUGCCGGUGGUGGGCAUCUUCAGUUGCAACCCAAGGGCGGUUCGAUUUAAGCUGCUUAGUUUACGUUUUCUCUACGCAAUGCUGUACAUCGUAGUUGGUGGUUUUUACGUGGUCAUUGCUUGUAGAAGAUGCAUUCUCAAGGGCUUGAAUGUGAGCUACUUCGGAGAUGUCGUUUACAUGGUAGUGGUUUACAGUACUGCGAUACUAUUUUUCUUUGCUGCCUUCAGCUGGCAUGAAGUGCUGAAAGAAUUUAGUAAUUGUGAAGCACUUCUACUGAACGAAAGCUAUCGACGGGUUACUUUGCUAUCAAUGAGAUGGAAUUUGGCUUGGAAAAUGCGAACGAUGGUUUUUGGGCUUUUGGUGUUGGCCAUUAUCGAAGACUCGUUGCACUACUAUGCGGCUUACGAAGAAAAUAUAGUCCAAAUGCAGUUUUGCAAUCGAACAAACAUAAGUUUCUGGACCAACUUCUAUAUGCGUGAACAUCCGCAGGUCUUCCAACAACUUCCGGUGAAUGUGGGUUCGAUGCUGCUUGUCGAGUGGAUCAAUAAGUGCAUGCGAUAUACUUGGACUUAUUUGGACAUGUUCAUUAUUUCGUUCAGCUUCGGAGUGCAGUUUCGUUACGGUCAAAUCUACUACCGUUUGAUUAGUGCAGAGGGAGGUAGCUAUCCGUUGAACUAUUGGCGGGAUAUAAGGAAGGACUAUGUGGCCGUUUCACAACUAGUUGCUUUUUUGGACGAAAAGUUUGGCCAUCUGAUUCUACUGGCUUGCGCUAACGAUAUGUACUUCAUAGCGACGCAACUGUUCAAUGGUUUUCAACGACGACCGGCAUUCGCAACAAUGGUUUAUUUUUGGUACUCACUGACGCUUUUAAUUUUUCGUACAGUGUGUAUGCUUUACGUCGGUUCCGGAGUGCACGUGGCAUCUAUGAGCCCGUUGAAUAUUUUGCGUAAUGUGCCAUCUAAAUAUUGGGGAAUUGAUCUUCAACGAUUGACAGAUGAUGUAGCCGCUGGGGAUAAUAAGUUGUCCGGCAAAAAAUUCUUCUAUUUGAAGAGACAGAUUAUAUUGGCGAUGGCCGGAACCCUGGUAACCUACGAGCUGGUGCUGAUGGAUCAGGUCAAGCAAGCACCCGAUCUGACGAAGGAUUGUGUUCUGUUUUGAAGUAGCACCAGUGCAGAAACAGCUGGUUGUGUUCUCACCAUUUGUCAUGUUAUUCCCACGUUGCCUGUAAAGUAAAUUGCACCUUGCAGCUUAGAGCAAUUAGUCUUAGUGCAAAAACACUACUUCACCGCGUUGAUGUAAAUACGCCCA